CUUGUACUGAUAAAUAUCUAUCUUACAGAAAUUAAUGGUUUUGCUGUCGACAUGUAUGGUGAUGUGACACCUAUUGAAAUCAUUUCUUCCGUUGGUUCGUUAUGGAAUUUUGGACCUGGUCAUCAAGAUGCUCAUGAGCUGUUCCAUGUAGUUCUUAGCGCAUUAGAUGCUGAAAUGCAACCUGCAAAUAGAAAAGGCUGUUUGUCUGACGCGCUGCCGCCAAGUCCGAAUAUGGAGUUAAAUAUGAGAGGAGUGGCUGAUAAUCUUGAGUCUCAGAUUCUAAAUCUCAGAAGCGCAUCAUGCAACGAUAUUGCAUCAGUGAAAAACGGCAUUGAUACUCCAAAGGGCUUCGACAAGAAUUGCAACAAUCAAAUGAUGACCUCGACUUCGUCCAUAUCGAGCAUGUCUCCGAGCAUCGGGUGCAGACCCGGUAUGAUCCUCGCCAGAUCCUCGGAAUUGCUGUCGCGAAGUGCUCAAAACAAUGGCGACUGUAAGAGUCCCUUCAGGUCAUGGAAGUCUCUAUGCACCAUGCCCUUUGUCAACAUUCCGUCGGUCUCGGUAGAGAUGCAUCCGUUCUCGGGUCUGAUCACCAGCCAAGUUCAGUGUAGUGGCUGUUCCUGGAAG